AUGUUAUCAUCAUUACCUUUUUGUAUACGUUAUAUGAUUCAUCUUAUAUUCACAAUUUGUUUUCCAUUUUACACAAUCUAUCAAACUUCUAUUUUACUCAUUAAUCGAAUUCAUCGUAUCACUUAUCCAAUUUAUCGAGCAAUGACAUUAGUUACACGUCUAUUUACUUUUUUUGUUACAUUACCUAUGCGUAUUAUUACAUUUUUUACUACACAAAUUCCUGUUUUAUUAAGAAAUCUACUUAUAUUAUUAAUACUUGCAGCUAUUACGAUUGGAUUCAUAGUUCUAUUUUCGGAUGGUAAUCAAUUUAAUUAUAUUAAAUCAUAUAUACGAAAUACUACAGAUUGGAUAUUGAAACAGAGUUCAAUGAUUUGA